CCGCGGCCUUGUUUCAGCUCGUAUCGAAUUCACUACAACUUGACCUAGGCUUUCACGGGAUUCAGAAUACGAAGAUGUCGCCGUAACAUCGCAGUUGAAAUGCUACGAGUCGCAGUUGGGCUUUCGGUUUCUGAAAUUCGAGGCCGGUCAUGGGGCGCAUGGGCAGGAUCGUUCGAUCCUGAAGCUGGCUACAGGUACCUUACCUUUAAGAACGUGACCGUACGUCCGGAAUCCCGAGAAAAGCUGUCGGCGUGGUUGGAAGUGGUGCUGUGCCGCAGUGGUGUUCUAGACUUCAAUGGUCCAGCCGCCGAGCCCACCUGCCGACUCCCUCUCAUCUCAUCUGCAAGCCCCUUCCACAGUACUCCCCCCGAAAACGGUUCACCCGCAUUAUAAACGGCCCGUCAACUCCUUCUCACUUCGUUCCACACAUUCUUGUGUCACUCGGUGGUGAGUGGUGACAUUCACCAACCAGCGGCCCUUCUCAACCUUGAGAAGUGCAUGGCCUCGUACCUCUGUAGUUUCUAUACACCCAAACGUCGAAACUUGCGCGCAACCUCGCCAACCCAGCAGCAAUCGAAACAGUUGACCAUCGCCCGCCACGAUGAAGGCCGCCAGCCUUUAUUUCGCGCUCAGCGCGGCGCAAGUAGCAAUCUGUGCCCCAGCGCCGGGUGUGUCGACAGC